GAUUGUCCGAUCACAGCUCUUAAAAGACUCCGAAGACCCAAGGCGCAGAAGAAUUCCUUCCACAUCUGAGGAAUGGCCAGAAGUCUUGGAGGAUUUCUGGUUCUGAUACUUUUGGUAUCGAUCUGCGAUGCUGCUUCCGUCUUUCAACCGAUCUCUGAUUCUCAUCGAUCUGCAGCUUCAGAGCUCUUUUCUCCUGUAGAUGGAUCUUUUGGAAGUUUAGAAGAGACAUAUGAGGCACUAAGAACGUUUGAGGUUCUUGGAGUUGAAAAGAAGCCUGAUGUAAGCACGGCUAGUUGUGCAUUGGUAUCUAAGACACUUGAGUCAUCAUCUUCAACUCUCAAGGAUUUAUUAUUCACAUUAAAAGUUAAUGGCAUCUUGAAAUGCAAGAUAAACGAGAAAGCUUUUGAGGACAUAAUUUCAAGACUUAAAGCUGCUGUCAAUGAUGCAAAUUCAUUGCUUGACUUCUACUAUUCAAUAAGAAGUUUGGUUCUUAUCAAGGAGCAGACAUUGAAAGCUGAUCUACAUCUUGCUGAUGCUGAGGGAGUUUUUCGUUCCAUCAAGGCUCUCAGCCAGAGUGAUGGCAGGUGGCGAUAUAGUUCUAGUAAUCCUGAUUCUAGUGCCUUUGCUGCUGGAAUAGCACUUCAAACGCUUGCUGGUGUUAUCUCGUUAGCAUCUUCUGAAAUUGACCAAUCAAUGAUUGGGACACUAAAGAAUGAUGUUCUUAAGCUUUUUGACGGCAUUGAGAAAUAUGAUAAUGGAGCCUUUUACUUUGAUGAGAAACUUAUUGAUGCACGUGAGAAUCAAGGUCCUCUUUCAACUACCUCAUCAGUUGUUAGAGGGGUAACAGCAUUUGCAGCAGUCAUAGAUGGAAGUUUGAAUCUUCCUGGAGACAAAAUACUGGGUUUGGCAAAAUUCUUCCUUGGAAUUGGAAUUCCUGGUGAUGCCAAGGACUUCUUUAACCAAGCAGACUCCUUAGGUUGCUUGGAAGACAACAGGGUUGCCAUCCCAUUGAUUUUAUCACUUCCAUCUACAGUGCUUUCAUUGACUAAGAAAGACUCACUUAAGGUUCGGGUUAACACAGUCCUUGGUUCUGGUGCACCUGCUCUGGUUGUCAAACUUGUGGAAGCUUUCAGUUCUAAUUCAAAGGAUGAAUCCCUAAUUGAUAGCCAGGAACUUAAGUUCAACCCUGAAACUGGAGUAUAUAUCUUGAAUGAUCUGCCAAAGAGCAUUGAUGUUGGAAGAUACAUGUUUGCCUUUGAGAUUGUGCUUCAUGAAUCUGGCCCUGAAAAGGUUUAUGCUACUGGAAGCCAAACAAAAAUACCAAUUUUUGUCACAGGAUUUAUCAAAAUUGAAAAUGCAGAAAUUGCAGUACUUGAUAGCGAUCUUGGGAGCAUAGAAACCCAGAAAAAGCUAGACUUAGCUGGUAAUGGUAUUGUAUCAUUAUCAGCAAAUCAUCUCCAGAAGCUGCGCCUAUCCUUUCAGUUGACGACUCCUAGGGGACGUGCUUUUAAGCCACACCAGGUAUUACUCAAAUUAAGGCAUGAGUCCAAGGUUGAACACAUCUUUGUGGUGGCAAGCUCUGGAAAGCAGCUUGAGUUAGUUCUAGAUUUUCUAGGGUUGGUUGAGAAAUUCUUCUAUCUCUCGGGUAGAUAUGACAUUGAGCUCAGUGUGGGUGAUGCUGUCAUGGAGAACUCUUUAUUGCGUGCUCUUGGUCACAUUGAAUUAGAUCUACCAGAACCACCUGAGAAGGCACCCCGUCCUCCUCCACAGCCUGUUGAUCCUUACUCAAGAUAUGGGCCCAAAGCAGAAAUAACACACAUCUUCAGGGCUCCCGAAAAACGUCCACCUAAGGAGCUCUCUCUUACCUUCUUGGGUCUUACCAUUGUGCCUUUACUUGGAUUCUUGAUUGGGCUCUUACGUCUAGGGGUGAACCUAAAGAACUUUCCCACUAAAGCUGUACCUGCUGUGUUUGCCAUUCUCUUCCAUGUUGGCAUUGGAGCAGUUCUAUUGCUCUACGUCCUUUUCUGGUUGAAGCUGGAUCUAUUCACAACAUUGAAAGGACUAGGUCUCUUAGGAGCUUUCCUAGUGUUCGUUGGACAUAGAAUCCUUUCACAUUUGGCUGCAGCAUCAUCCAAGUUGAAAUCUGCUUGAGAAGAACGAGGAAGUUUCAGUUGCAGGCAUGACAUGGAUUGGACACCGAUGAAUUUUCAUUAUUGAACAAUUUAACUCAAUUUUGUAGGACUCAUCUCUAGACAAAUCAAGUUAAUAGUUGUUAAGAAUCCUAGUUAAACUUAUCACUUGAAAGAAGUAUACAUUUCAUCCUAGAUACGUCAACACUAGAUUAUGGAAAAUGGAUUUGAAUCAAAUCUUUGUGGUGCAAAAUGUUAAGAGUCGAAUUCCAGAUUUG